UUUAUUGUACGAAGGCGUGUCACAUCGAGAGUGAGUAGACUGUCACACAGUUUCCAGAAAACUAGUGUCUACAUGAAAGCAAAUAAACAUGGAUUUUGAGAUAAGUGCAUCUAGCUGGUGUUAGGCCAAAAUGAGUAAGCAAGAAGAAAAAUUAGAAACGAAAAGUCUGCUUAGUUGGCUUCCAGUUCCACACAUCAGGAGCAAUGCUCUGCGAAGAACCAUCACCGGGUUAACUCUUAUAGCUUACUUCCACAUAAUGGUUUACUACGGCCUUCCAGUAAUCCUGCUACACGCUCUGGCUAUUGAAAUAAAAUGUCAUGAUGAAAUUAUCAACAUUGCAAUCAAUGCUAAGAAAAUACCAAACGUACUGUACUUCCGAUCACUGAACUGGUAUUUUGUGAUCAUAGCCAACUACUUCUUCUUUGGUGAGACAUUCGCAGAAUAUCUAGAGCUAUUCAUAGACAAGUAUUAUCUCGUUAAAAUUCUAUUCAGCUAUCACAGAUUUUUUUCUUUUUGUUUUUAUUUCCUGGGAAUGAUUUGGUUUCUAGCCAGGCUACGAAGGAAAUUUAUAAGACAGCAGUUUAGCUUACUUGCUUGGACUCAUUUUCUUUUAAUCAUCAUCGGCUUCCAAAGCUAUAUGAUCGUCCAAAAUAUAUUUGAGGGACUUAUCUGGUUAAUUAUACCAGUAUGUGUAGUUAUCUUGAACGACGUAUUUGCUUAUACAUUUGGUUUACUACUGGGUAAAACACCACUGAUUUCUUUGUCUCCUAAUAAGACGCUGGAAGGUUUCAUAUUUGGUGGGAUUUCCACUUUGGUACUUGGUACUUUCUUGUCGUUCAUAUUCUGCCAUAUUCCUUUUUUGAUUUGCCCUGUUAGGUUUUUAGAAACUGAGAAUGGUAUAAUAAUGAAUACAAACUGUACUCCUAGUUAUCUAUUCCAACCGAUUUAUUAUGAUAUCGGAAAUACUGGCAUUUCUGUUAAAGUAUUCCCUUUUCUACUACAUUCUUUGGGUUUUUCUCUUUUUGCAAGCGUCAUAGCGCCAUUCGGAGGCUUCUGUGCGUCUGGCUUUAAGAGAGCCUUCAAAGUUAAAGAUUUCAGUGACCUUAUCCCAGGACAUGGAGGGUUAACUGACAGGUUCGACUGUCAGUUCCUUAUGGCAACUUUUGUCAACGUUUAUAUUUGGACGUUCAUAAGGAUUCCUCAGGUGGACAAAAUCUAUCAAAAGGUGUUUCAAUUAAGUGAGGAAAAUCAACUGAAAUUUUACAUUCUCUUAAACGAAUCCUUGCAUAUAAGAGGACUUAUGAAGGACUGACAUUAAUUUAAGUAAUUUAAAGUUAUUUAUUCUCAAUAUCAAUUACGUUAUACUGAUCGUUAUACAAAUAUGUAAUAUAUUAUAAAAUUAUGUUAUGAAACCAAAGUAAAGGUAUUUUGUUAUUAAA